GAAAAAAAAAUCUCUGAAAUUGUGUAUAUUCACUUGUGAGAGCUUUGAGUUUAACAUUGUAGAAACAUCUACUCGGAUCUGGCCCACCAAACACACACAAUGCAAACUCCCGGCGACCCAUCACCGGAAACCACCCAACACGGCGGUCUAUCUCUAUCUACCACCGACCCAAUUCGGUCCCUAAUGCUCUCAUCAUUAUCCCCAGAUGAUGAUCUUUAUUCACAAUCUUCAAUACCCUACACUUCUCUUAGAUCCAUGUGGUUCUCAGCCGACCCGUGUAACCGACCCGAACUUCUUUCCCUUCUUAAAGGAUCCAUUCUCAUCUUUCCCAGCCCCAAACCAAGAGAAAAGAGUGAGGAAUUGAAAGUGAGGUUGAGGAAGUUGGAAGAGGUUGCAGAGAGGAAGGCGUAUGAUGAGUUGGUUAAGGACAUUACGCCGAGAAAGGGUGUUGAAGAGCCUUUUUCUUCUUAUAAAGAUCAGCUUGGUUUUGGUUUGCAUGUUGUGCUUACAAUGUUUACUGGUUAUCUAGUUGGAUAUGCUGCAUUCAGAGCAUUGUUUGGCCAUAGCCCCGUGAUGAAUGCUGCUGGAGGCAUUCUUGGAUUGGUGGUUGGCAUGCUCGUAGAAACUCUUCUUUUCAUUGUUAGAGCCACUACCAUGGAAAAGAAGACCACGUUUACCACCUCACCAGCUAAGAAAAAUCAAUAGACAUGGUCAUGACGAAUAUAGGCUUGGACGCAAGGGUGGUCAAGUUAAUAGGGUUUCUUUUGACUCCUUGCUGUAUACGGUGGAAUGCAACACCAAUGCAUGUAUAUUUGCACUAGUAACUAUAGGUAUUAGGAACUGGUAUACUUUUGCAAGUCUAAUCUUCUUUGAGCAACAUUUAUGAUAGUGAAGUGAAGAUCCUUGUACCCGUAAUUUUACGUAUUAAAUAAGGUUUAGCAUUAGCAUGUACACAUUGGGUAUAUGUUUAUACAAGGAUCGUGCUGGUUGAAUUAA